AUGGUGCCCUCAAAACCCUCUCCCACGGCUUCCAACAUCAUCACUCCUAUGACACCGCCGCAGGAGUCGGAAGCACCCCCGGUCAAGGAAAAGCGAAGACGGGCCGGUAAGCCCAAGGUUCGGACGGGCUGUGUAACUUGGAUUAAAUGCGACGAGCAGAAGCCGGCAUGCCAGAGAUGCAUCUCAACAGGUCGAACCUGCGAUGGCUACAAAACCACCACCAAGCCAAAGGCGACAAGAAAGCCGGGGUUCUCUCAACAGCUCUCAUCAUCUUCGUCGAUUAAUUCAUCAUCGUCAUCGCUGACGCUGCUGCGGCCCCUGGUGACAAACUUCAGCGGCGACUCGGUAGAGAGUCAGUACAUUUCCCAAUUUCUUCCCCUAGCGGAGGAUUUGGUCGGCAUCACGCAUAUUCACAACACCUUUUUCUGGGGACACGUCGUACCAGAGUAUUGUUUCACAUCCAAGGCAGUGAGGCAUGCCAUCGUCGCUCUCAGCUCUGCAUACCACGACUUUAGGCUUGCCGGCUCCAGCACAACCGUCAUCGGCCCGCCGACCAACUCGGAGCGGUACAUCAUCAGACAGUAUAAUCUGUCGCUGAAUAGGAUGGCCGAGGAGCUGAACGGCCUGCCGAUGAGGAAGCGCUAUGGAAUCAUCAUGAUAUGCUGCGUCUCGUUCUUCUACAUUGAGAUUCUGCGAGGAAACUGGCCGACUGCCAUGAUGCACCUUGCCAACGGCAUCCGGUUGAUGUCCAACCUACCGGACGAGGUCGAAGACGUCUUUCGCCACCCAGAAAUAUUCAGCCACGAUCACGACAAUUCUCAUGCCAGGGCUCUCUACAUGGUAAAGCUGCUUCGGCGGUGGGAAGGAUCGGCAGCAUUCAUGAGGACCAACUCGCCGCCAUCCCUGUCUCUCCAAGCUUACGAGACACGGAAGAGCAAUGCCGCAGGCCCCAAACAGUUUACAACGCUGGAAAAGCUACAAGAGGUUGUUGAUGACUUGUUCCAAGAUGUCAAUGCCUUUGGCUGGAUGUGCAGACAAUAUAACGGUGAUGACAGUACUUGGGAUCAUGAGGCUGCUCGUUUUCAGUUUGACGUACUUCACCAGAGAUGUUAUCACACCAGAGAGCUGCUGAAGAAGGCAAACAGCGCCUACGGGGAUAUGGAGCGGGCGCCGAACCCACGCGACUUUCUCAAGUAUAUGGGCUGCAUGCUCCGACAUCGCGGUGCGUCGAUUGCCCUUGAUUUCAUACCUCUGCCCCAAGGCAUGGCAUAUACGCCCCCCGACGAAGAGGAGAACAAGUUUAGAGAAGUGGCCUCUAUCGCCGAGGCGAUCAAGCAAGGUCUGCGGGCAUCGUUGGUGCCUGGAGUCUCGCCGUGGUUUAAUGUGGACUUUGGAGUCGUCACCACGUUGUAUAUCGCGGCGUCGAACUGCUACACAGUCGCGAUGAGCGAAAAGCUGUUUGAUAUGAUGAAGAGCUGGCCUUGGCGGGAGGAUCUGUGGGACGGUCCACUACUGAGACGGCAGUUGUAUGAGCUCAGGAAGCCCAUAGUCGAGGUGCCUGUCGCAACCACACCUGAUUCGGAGACGCCCGUUCCUACGACACCCCAUCUAAUGAAACUCGCGAUACGGCCACCAUCCCGAGCGGCAGUAUCAACAACAGACUCGGACGAUUAA